AUGUGCAUGGCCUUGCAUCACAAGAAUUAUGUGGUGGCUGUUUUUAUGAUUCUCAUGCUACUUUCACAGCAGCAUUUUGACUUGACAUAUGCAUCACGACGGCUGCGAAAAGUUCGCCUGCCAGCCCGUGUCCGGUGUUUGAACCUGCCAGAACCACGGAGAAGUAUCGAUUGUUUUACUCUCAACCGAUAUAAAAAGACAGAAAGUACAGAAGCUUUUAGGCCAACGCCGGGUUCAGACCCUGGACAUAGUCCUGGUAUGGGUCACAACACCCCACCCCGGGAUACCGGUGAACUUUAA